AUGAAGUCUUCAUUAGUCAUUGCAUCCGUCCUAUUAGCCGGUGUGGCUCUAGGAGUAAGCGCAUACAGAAUCAACGGCAACAACAACCAGGAUGAAAAUCACAACCAGUGGUCCCGUUUCCAACAAUCAGAUUUAAGUGCUGAAUCGCUUAAUCAGGAAUCGACCUUAAAUAAUCAAAAAACAGUCUAUUCUACAUUAAAUUACAACAAUCACCAAUCCAACAAGCGCAUCUCGAACAACGACAACUCCGAAUCGACUUUUGCCGACCGUCAAUACCAGAACAACAAAUACGAUGAGACCCGUUUAAGUUUCAAUGAAAACCAACAACAGCAACAGUAUGGAAGCCAAGACCAAAGUACUAGUGGUCAGUUCAAUGGACUCGCCAAGAAAAUCGCCGACAAAGCCGCCGCUAUUCAACAAAUCGCCGUCAACCACAACAUCGCCGACAGCGUCAAUUACUUGAACGGAGAGUUGGACGUCGCCAGAGACUCCGUCAAACUGUCCGCAAACAGUUUCGUAACGUUUUACAACACAACCAUGAAGAACCUCGACAGCGGUGAUUUGAAAUACAUGUACAUGAGCCCCGAAAAGGAUACCGUGUUCGCUCAGUACUAUUUCAACCAGAUCGAAACAGUCGGAUCUUUCAAAUCGGACGUUCGCAACGCUCGUUCGGGUUACUACACAAUUUUCAUGAACAACGUGUACAGUAAUUUGACGGCUGGAUUUUAUGACGACAAACACACCGUAGUUAGGUCAGCAAAAUUCCAAAACGCCGAUGCUAACAUCAAGACCCAAGAAGGUUCAGAAACACAGGCGUUCAAUCCAGCUCUGCAAAGAUUUUUGGGAGUGUUAGCCAAAGCCGUGUCCAACGAAGUGAAGACUUCCGCCAAGAACGCUGCGUUCGUUCAGAUUAAAAAUGAAAUCCGCAAACCAAUCGUUUCUCACAACACAGAGAAUAACAAAUUAUUCGACUUGAUAUGGCAGGAAGACAACGUUGCUAUGGAAAUGCCCAAUAUCGGAUUCCAGGACUCAAAAUUGGCCUCCGCUACCGAACAGUUAUUCAAAUCGAUGACUUUCCAACGGAAAUCCCAAGACACUUACACAAUGUGUUACAACUUCGCUCUCGACAACCUGGAAUGGAUUUCCCCUUUGACCGUCACGUCAGCUGGCAAGAGAACAACCACCCCUCCUACAAAAUUCAACGUUGAGAAAAUCAACAUCCAAGUCUCUUUUGACAAGUCAUCUUUCGACCAACAGCAGUCAUGCAACAAGAUCUCCGCUAACGCCUAUGUGCGAGGUCUAAACUUCAAUUUGGACAACAAUCUUCAGUCUGAAGUCGUGUCCAAAAUCGAAAAUAACCUCGAACGUUUCAUUCAACACUCAUUGGGAUCCUACAUCCAAACAGCUUUGAAACAAAUUGUUUGCAAUAAUAGUUAUUACAAAUACUAAAUUUAUUUAUUUACUUAUUUUGUAAAUUUAAAUUUUAUAAACAUGUUAUAGAGUAGAAUACUGAAUAGUAGAA